GAAGUUUAUAGAGUUCACUUAAAGUGCCACUACGACGAAAUUCGGUGUCUCGUUUUUAGAAUAAUUUUUACAUUUUCAGAAACUAUGAAGACYUAAAUUUUGCUGGCCCAAGCCUUUUUUAUUUCUGUGAACGACAAGUGCCUCAAAUUUAGACAUAAAAACGCGAAUUUGGCGUCCGCCAUUGCUACCGAGUGUUCCUAUGAGCCUGCGAUAUUACGCUGACCCGUGACGUCAGUUACUCAACACAUUGCUCGAGCUUACUUGAUUACUUCAGAUUUGUGAUGAUGUUUGAGGCAGAUUUCGACGAAUACGAUGCGGAAUUAGAUCCCAUAGCAAAUGAACAAGAAGUAGAAGAAUACUCAUUGGAAAUAGAACGCGAAAAUGAAGAAGAGGAGACACUUUUGAGACGUUUUGCCGGCGAAGUCGAGGUUCUUGACUGGUGCAAGUGUAGCAAAUGUUCCUUACAACAUAUUGUGAAACAUGAGGAAUGUCGGUGUUGUAUGCAGUACGAUAGAUGUAGAGAAAAAAUGCAAGAAAUCGAUCAAGAGGAGGAAUGCAUUACAGACCAUGAAGCCUUCAGUAGUGUUUGCCUGGACCAGUGGGUUCUCGAGGUUGCAGGGAUUGGUCUUACGACAAAAGGCAAAAAAUCAUAUACUGCAGCAUUAGGAAGAGGAAACCCUGCCAAUUCUGAGUAUUUUAGGUCUGUCGCAUACAGACAAUUUGUAAGGCUUGUAUGGGGAUAUGUUGGGGCAGCCAAACGCCUUCCUCUUCCAUGCUGUGUAUACAACAAAAUACGAGAAGCAUUCCCAAAUGAUGAUGACAUGUAUAAAGGUUAUGAGGAAGAUGAUGAUGAAGAAGAAGAA